CACCUUCUCUACUUCCCGGACGCAGUUGGUGUCUGUUUUGGUUUUGUUUUAAGGGGGAUGAGGUAUUUGAGAUAAGUAAAAAGUCCGGUAUGAAAUUGAAUUAAAAGGCCGAACAACAUGAGCUGGAUUCCCUUCAAGAUUGGACAGCCGAAGAAGCAGAUUGUUUCAAAAACGGUUGAAAGAGACUUUGAACGAGAAUAUGACAAGCUCCAAAAAUUGGAAGAUCAAACCAAAAAGCUGCACAAGGACAUGAAGAAGAGCACAGAGGCUGACUUAGCCAUGUCCAAGGCUGCUGUGAAGAUCUCGGCAGAUCUGCUGAACAAUCCGCUGUGCGAGCAGGACCAGGCCUUCCUGGAGUCCAUGACGGCCCUGGACACAGCCAUGCGGAGAAUGGACUCCUUCAACCAGGAGAAGGUGAACCAGAUCCAGAAGACAGUCAUUGAUCCUCUUAAGAAGUACAGCAGUGUGUUCCCCAGCCUCAACAUGGCAGUGAAGCGCCGGGAGCAGGCUCUCCAGGACUACAAGAGGCUGCAGUCCAAGGUGGAGAAGUACGAGGAGAAGGAGAAGACAGGGCCGAUUAUGGUCAAACUGCACCAGGCCAGGGAGGAGCUGAGGCCGGUGAAGGAGGACUUCGAGGCCAAGAACAAGCAGCUGCUGGACGAGAUGCCGAAGUUCUACAACAGCCGCAUUGACUACUUCCAGCCCAGCUUCGAGGCCCUCAUCCGGGCACAGGUGGUGUAUUUCACCGAGAUGCACAAGAUCUUUGGCGAACUGACGGAGCAGAUUGACCAGCCGGGACUGACGGACGAGCAGAGGGAACGAGAAAACGAGGCCAAGCUCAACGAACUGCGCGCUCUGUCCAUCGUGGCAGACGACUGAGAGCUGAGAGGGCAAGACAGGGGUGGGGGUUAUGGGGGAGUGGGGGGGAUUCGGGGAAGCACGGGGACCACGGGACAAUAAGGAGACCUCCAAAUCACUGAAUGGAAGCAGCUUUCCCUGACUCUUGAAACUCUGUUUGAACAUUUCUUAUUUUAAUCUCCUACCCUACCCCCUACUGAGACACUAUCAUCCCUUCUUAUCUCCAGAAGUGACACUAAGCAAUGUUUAAAUACUUUAUUGCCAUAUAUUUAAAGCCAUUAGCAAAGUGCUAUUGCUAUCACCAAAUAAAAUGAAUUAUGUUUUACUUUUAAACAAAUGGAAUGGAAACAUAGUCUUAUACACUGUGUAUGAAGACACCUGUAAAAACACUGUGGGUCACUGUUUUUGCGUUUUCUAUGUGGUCAUUAAUCAUCAUGUAUUUACAGUACAUAAACCAGUAAUAAGCUGUCCAUCUAAUGCUUAGACAUGAUUACAACAAGUUCUUUAACUUCUGUUUUAUAUAUAUAAAUUGUCCUGAAUUAAUGCCAAUCUUUUGCCUCCACAGUACUUAUUUCCUCACUUAGGUGGUAAUGUUAGCAAUCAAAAUGACAAUCAUUCUACUUCUGUGCUACCGGCUUUACUAUUUGUUUAUUAACUAUUUCAAAUAUAUUCAUUCUUAAAUGAGUAGCUAUGCCUUUAAAAAUCAUGAAAAAUCUGAAGUGUCUGAAAAAUCGGAGAGCAUUAAUGUGAAGCAUAUACCUGUUAUGUGGGGUCAGAACACUGUUUUUUUUUGUUGUUUGUUUCUUUAUUGAAUCAAUAUUAUUCAUGUAUGCAAAGUCCUUUAGUUACAUUGCUGUCUAUAUUCUAUAUACUGUAUGUUUCAUGUUACCAGCAUGGUUGAAUAUAAUGGAUGACUAUACACCCUAGCUUAUUUGCAUUGCUGUACUGUCUGAGCUCCAGACAGUGUCAGUUCUGGCCGUUUGUAACAGGGAAAGGCGAGGUACAGUGUUUCCCUUUGGAGUGCCUUUGUCUUUCGUCCUUCUUGUUCCCGACUCCAGUCCGUGCUUUAGGUGCGCUCCGGGCACGCCAGACAAAAGGUCCAAAAGCAGUCAACCCCUCUGCUGUGCUAUGCGUGAACAAAUGAAGGUCUGUGUUAGUGGUGUUUUCUGAUGAUUGUGAUUAGAUUUAAAUACGUUGAAAGAUUUGUGUGUCCUUAUUAACGUUUCUUUCCCUCACAUUCGCAUUUCAGUAAAAGCAGUGGGAAUAGGUACUGACUCAGUUUCCAAAGUAAAAGCAAUACUGUUGCGCCCUCUAGUGGCAUUAAUGUUUAAUGUCUCUGGAGUCACUUUGCUGAUUUAUAUUUGUGCUUUUAUUUGUUUUUGUGAUUAAGCCUUUUAUUAGAAUUGUUAAAAAAAUUGUCCUUGAUUUUCCUGUAAUUGUAAACCAAUGGUCUACAGCCAUGACAUUUCUAACGUGCCUGACGAAGCCAGUGAUGUGGGGGUAUUUUUCCACUUUAAAAAUUACUGAUUGUCCAAGUUGAACACUAUAGUGUUACUGUGUCCCCAUUUUAGAAUAAUUGUAAAGACAUCAAAACUAUGAAACUAAUACGAAAGACUGUGAACUAUGAAAAACAAAAAUCUAAUUA